CGCUCUGCCAGGCAGUGGGAGUGCGGGGCCUGGCGAGGGGCGGCGACACGGACGCUGGAGGCAGAAGGCGGGGAGGGGACCCGAGGGCGCGGGAAGGCGGGAGGGGCGGCGGCGGGAUCCCCGGGACAGGCUGAACUGGGAACGCAAGAGAGCGACGCCGUGACUAGUGAGCGACUGAGAGACUGACACCAGAGAAGGGAUCUGAAGGGACAGAGACGGUGGCAUGGAGGACGAGGGGAGCGCCGGGGUUAGAUCUGGCUCUGCACCGGGCAGAAGGGCGGGACAUGGAGCAGAGAACAGCACGUUUGGGGAUCGCUCUGAGCCCUACUUACAAGUAGUUCCUCGAGCUCGUAAAAGUAGUUCUAGAAGUCCCUAACCCUUGGUUUUAAGUGACAUGCCAGCCUGGCCUAGAAAAAGGAUGACCCCAGCACCAGGAAGUUGAACGAGAGCAGCGGGAAAGACCACCCUACACCGAGCAGCCCACCUGGCGUUUCCAUCCCCGGGAAGUGGGUACCAGGGCUGGAAGGAAGGCACCCCAACACUGACUGGGAUCCCGCAGCUGGCUGGGGUAAGAGGAGGGAGAAAGACACUUGGUGGCCGUUUGCCCCUUCUCCCCACCUGUGUCACUUUCAGUCCAGUGACAGAAGAGACAACUCGAGAAAAGGAGCCCACUAGCGCUUCUGUCAGCCCCUUUCCGCCAUCUACUGGCAACAAGACAGAAAGACAGGAGCAGGUGCCCGGGAAAGGAAGCCCCUGCCGGUGUUGUGUUUUGCCACCAACUGGCCUCAUGCCAGAUGACUUUGAGGAAGCCACCCAUUCUGCCUCAGUGCCCUGAUCUUUCUCUACCACUUCUCCCUGGCCAGGGUUGGUCCAGCCCCCUUCAGGCUGGGCUGAGUCACUCCCCAGGCAGGAGAGCUGGAAAAGACUGUGCAGAGCCCACAGUCACAAGGGACAUACUCAGGCUACAGAAUCCUGCCCACAUCCCAAACAGACAAGCUUUUCUCAGUCUAAACUCUCAUCCCGUCCAUAUGUAAGGAAAGCAAGCAGCUGAACCCAGAGGAUCACAGGGAAUCCCAUCACUUCCGAGUCUUCAUGGCCAACAACGGGACCAUCCUCAAGAUCAGCAGAAGCCUGAAAAAUGCAGUCUCUGCCAUCCUCCAGGGAUAUGGGGACGGGCAGGAGCCAGUGACAGAAACCAGCGCUGAGCUACACAGACUCUGUGGCUGCCUGGAGCUGCUACUGCAGUUUGAUCAGAAAGAGCAGAGGAGCUUCCUGGGGGCCCGGAAGGAUUACUGGGACUUCCUAUUCACUGCCCUUCGACGGCACCGGGGAUACACAGAGCAGAUGAGCUUCAUAUGCUCACAGGACAAGCUGAAGACCUCACUAGGAAAAGGUCGUGCCUUUAUCCGACUCUGCCUUGCCCGAGGCCAGCUGGCUGAGUCGAUGCAGCUGUGCCUCCUGAACCCACAACUCACCAGGGAAUGGUAUGGCCCUCGGAGCCCUCUGUUGUGCGCUGAGCUCCAGGAAGACAUCUUGGACUCUCUCUAUGCCCUCAAUGGAGUUGCCUUCAACUUGGACCUGCAGCGGCCAGACCUGGAUGAAGCCUGGCCCAUGUUCUCAGAGUCCCGCUGUUCCAGUCCCAGCCGGACCGGGAAAAGAAGACCCGGGAAACCCAAAGGUUUUCCAGAGGAGAUGAGAAUGCAGAAAGACAAAAUCGAGUGCAGGAGAGAAGGUGAAAGGAGAAGGUGGAGGAAUUCAGGGGGAGCAAGAACAACACAGGUGACAGAGGUGAGAUGCUCCAGGGGAGAGCAGCUGCAGGAACCAGACACUGGAGGAACCAGCUGUCUGCAGGAUGCAACCAGAGAAGACCGCACACCUGACCUCUGUAAACCCUUGCAGCCAAGCCAUCUUCCCACCUUUCUGGAAGAGAAGAGGGAGGAUUCCAGAAGCCUCAGUUGUCCCCAGAGCACUUGGGAAACAGAAAGGGAAGGAUUUCAGCUAGACCAGAAGGAUGGAGGCCCAAAGCCCAGGAAAUUCCUGGAAAACUCAACAGCCAGCAUCCAGCAACAGAGGAGCAGGGCUAAGGAUGUUAAAAUGCAGCUGACAGGAAGGAAAGUUGAAGGAAAAGGAAGUCUGUCGGGGACAGAAGAUCAGAGAACAACAGAAGGGAUCCAGAAAAGGGCAGCAGAUUGGGACCUUGGCCAGGGGCUGAUGGCCCCCGGUCUUCAGGGAAGAGAAGAUGCAGAGUUAGGAUACAGGUGUGAGUGGAAUCAGCCUGAUGUUCUCAGGCAAUCCUGGGUCCUGGGAACAAAGAAAAGUUCUCCCACAGAGAAGCCACAAGAGUGGACAGGAGUGACCAGUGGAACCAUGCAGGAGGAUGGGUCAGAAGUGCCCUUGCAGCAGGAGGUGAUCAAGGACCCUGGGUAUGGGCUCCAGCUGGCAAAGGAACAGGCCCAGUGCCAGGAGCAGCUGCGGGCACAGGAAGCAGAACUUCAGGCGCUCCAGGAGCAGCUCAGCAGGUGUCAAAAAGAAAGAGCCCUGUUGCAAGUGAAGCUGGAGCAGAAGCAGCAGGAGGCUGAGAGGAGGGACGCCAUGUAUCAGACAGAGCUUGAAGGGCAGAGGGACCUGGUCCAGGCCAUGAAAAGGAGGGUGUUGGAACUGAUCCAUGAGAAGGACCUUCAGUGGCAGAGACUCCAGCAGCUGUCUACUGUGGCCCCUGGACACUGCAUAGGCUGCAACAAGGUCUUCAGGCGUCUGUCUCGGCGGUAUCCUUGCAGGCUCUGUGGAGGCCUGGUUUGCCACGCCUGCUCUGUAGACUACAAGAAGAGAGAGCGUUGCUGCCCAACCUGUGCCCAGCAGGAAGAAAUCCAGGACACCUGACAGCACAAGGCAACUAAGACCAGCCGCCCCACCAGUUCACUCUCCCUGUUUCUCUUCCCAACCCUGAUGUCUGACUACUCUUUUCUUCUGCAAGCUGGGGCCCCAGCACCGCUGUGGAGGGCCAGAGGGAACAGCUGGCAGUCCACAGAUAGGCCUAGCUCUGCGUUCCUGUGGAAGGGACUGAGGGGAACAUGCCAAAGCUCUAGAAGCAUUGUGUCUGAUGAGGAAGACAUGCCAUAACCUCUCUGUAAAGUCCCUUGAAGCACAGUGAGUCGUGACCAUGAAUAAGAGCAGCCCAGGGCCCAGAUGUUUCCUAGCCACCCUCCCCCUCCCCCAUCACCCAUAAGAAGCGAAGUCCAAAUACAUUGGGCUCUUCAGGAACCUCCCCUCCGAUCUCCUUCAGAGAUCAUUGCCUUAUCUUGUGUUUCGCAGAUUUACUGAGUCGUUGUUGACAUAGAAUAAACAUUGUGUAAGUGUGA